CUGUGCACUGAAACACACACAAAUACACAUUUUGUUGAUAAUGAAGAGUGAAAGAAAAGGAAGUCCUUGAGAGUUUCUGUCAAAGACAAGAGGCAGAUAAAAUAAAAAAAGAUGAAAGAAGCCAUUUAAAGGUUGUGCAAAGUCAAAAAUAAUUAUGGUAAUGCACAGGGAGUUUUUAAAAAAUAGAAAACCUGUUAUGGGGGGUUACUCCUGUCUGCGUACUAAUCUGCAGAAUAAGCUUUCUUUAACCCAUCACCACUCUAUCCUUCAGUGUCUGUUUCUCUUAGUUCCUUUCUCUUUACAGCCAAGGCACUUUUCCUCCUCUGUUUGUCCCCUCCUCCAUUGUCGUCUUAUUUCAAACAAUCGGUACCCCCCCUCCCUUCUCCAUAUCCUUGUAGCCCAGAUGAUCGGAGGACAGAGCUGUAGCCAGAGAGCAUCAGUCAUCCAUCCGCUCUGAUCCUCCCUCCCUUCCCUGCCGCAGCUACGAUCGCUACACUUUCUCUUGCUCUGGGAUGUGGAGCACAUACAGAGCACUCUCUGCAGCCUCAGUUGUCCAGGUGUAGAGCGGCAGGAAGGGCUGCCUUUUCCUGGACGGAGUAGAGAGGUAAUGAUAACUCCUGCUGUACCUCUCAUCACUUUGGAAGAGUGAUGACAGAGAAACGAGACUGUCUCUCCACUGGACUGAGCUACUCGUUUGAUGAUUCUUGCUUACAUUUGAGUUCAUUUUCAUAAAUCCAAAGAGAUUCUGUAUUCAGCAGACUUCUAUUAAUUCCUGAUAUGGACCUGGGCUGACACUGGAUUGUUUCGGCUGUAAAUGUGAAGGGAUUCAGAUGUGGAUUAGAAUGCUGAUGGGAAGCACCUAAGCUUUGGGACACAGAGCUCCGUAACAGGAGCAUGUGGACAUGUUUGGCUUCUCCAAGAAGCCAAAGCUGUCUGGCCAUAGGAAUAAGACGUCAGGCUGGCCGCCUCCCGCCCCAGGCUCCUGGGGAGGGCUGCAGGGGCCCCCAUACAGCUGGGACAGCAUGAACAACACCAGGGAUGGUCGGGACUCCUUUACCAACCAAGGGUCCCAGAGCAGCUCCCUGGAGGAGGUUCACCUGGAUGGUCUCCCUCCGGCUCCUCGUCUGGUGGAGAUGAGACGGGAUCCGGUCCUGGGCUUUGGGUUUGUGGCUGGCAGCGAGAAACCGGUGGUGGUCCGUUCUGUCACACCUGGUGGUCCAUCUGAGGGGAAGCUGCUGGCGGGCGACGAGAUUAUCAUGAUCAAUGAUGAACCAGUGAGCUCAGCCCCCAGGGAACGAGUCAUCGAUCUCGUCAGGAGCUGCAAAGAGUCCAUCAUGCUGACUGUUGUUCAACCAUAUCCAUCUCCUAAAUCAGCGUUCAUCAGUGCAGCCAAAAAAGCCAUGCUCAAGUCCAAUCCGGUCAAAGUGCGCUUUGCUGAGGAGGUCAUUAUAAACGGCCAGGUCCCGAAUCCGGUGAGGGACAACUCUCUUCUGUUCAUGCCAAAUGUCCUGAAGGUCUACCUAGAAAACGGGCAGACAAAGUCUUUCCGUUUCGACAGCAGUACCUCCAUCAAGGAAGUGAUUCUGACCCUGCAGGAGAAGCUGUCGAUCCGCUGCAUCGAGCACUUCUCCCUGGUGUUGGAGGACAGGACUGAAGGUUCUGGAAACAAGCUGCUUCUCCUGCAUGAGCAGGAGACGCUUACUCAGGUUACCCAGAGGCCUGGUUCUAACAGGAUUAAGUGUUUCUUUCGAAUCAGCUUCAUGCCUCGGGACCCAGUCGAGCUACUCCGCCGGGAUGCUGUGGCGUUUGAAUACCUCUACGUACAAUGUUGUAACGACGUGGUCUUGGAGCGCUUCGGCCCGGAACUGAAGUACGAUGCUGCACUGCGACUGGCCGCUCUGCAGAUGUACAUCCUGUCCAUGACGACCAGACAGAGUCAGAAGGUUUCACUAAAAUAUAUUCAAAAGGAGUGGGGUCUGUCGCUGUUCCUGCCUCCAACUGUGCUGUCCAGCAUGAAGGAGAAAAACAUCAAGAAGGCUCUGACGCACAUCCUCAAAACCAACCAGAACCUUGUGCCUCCGGGGAAAAAACUAACUGCAUUGCAGGCCAAGGUGCAUUACCUGAGGUACAUCAGUGAACUUAAACUGUAUGGAGGAAGAGAGUUUAAAUCAAUACUUUUGCAAGGUGAGAAACAGACAGAGGUGAUGCUGUUGGUGGGCCCGCGAUACGGGAUCAGUCAUGUCAUCAACGCUCGGACCAACCUUGUAGCCCUGUUGGCCGACUUCAGCCACGUCAACCGCAUUGAGAUUCUUACAGAAGACGAGACAAACGUCCGGCUAGAACUUCAUGUCCUGGAUGUAAGACCCAUCACGCUGAUCAUGGAGUCUAGUGAUGCAAUGAAUCUUGCUUGCCUAACAGCAGGCUACUACCGCCUCCUAGUGGACUCCCGAAGAUCUAUUUUCAACAUGGCCCACUGCAACAACACAGCAGAGGAUGACACUGGUCAGGAUCGUGUCCUAGAGUGGCCGUACAGCACAUCUUUAGGGGAAAAUGAAGAACCACCACAGGGGGUGCUCUACAACAGGGACUAUCUGGACAAUGGGCAGGGGGAAAACAGCAUUUCUCCUUACCUCCAUGAAUCACAAAACCUGGAUAGCGACCAUGGGACCAGAAGUCCAGUGCCCCCUCCUCUUCCCCCUGCUACCAGGCACAAAACCCAAGACUCACCUCGGAGCGCCAAAGUUUCAUUUAUUUUUGGGGGUAACCCACCCUUGAACAGACCCAGGAACUACGAAGCAUUGCCAGAGAGCCCCGAGUCUUCAGAACCCUUCCAGUUUAGCGAGCUGACUCACGUCUACAGCAACAUUAUCACUGAGGAAGGUGGUGAGGAGCCUGUGCUGAGGGAGCUGUUUUAUCGAGACACAACAGAUGACGCAGAGGAUGAUGAGGAUGCUUCCUGCGAGGAAGACUCCACAGGUGGGACUCCAGUGGGUGAUAACAGGGAAGGUGAGGAUGACUGUGGCAACCAAAGUGCGCGGUUGCCAACAGCCGCUGGCAAAACUACUUUUCUGAGUCUCUCUGGGUCCACGGAUGAUAUCAUCGACCUCACGUCACUGCCUCCUCCCGAGGGAGACGACGGCGUCAACGACGAUGAGGACGACACUCUGCUGCAGACCCUCAACCUUGCAAUAGCGGCGCCACCACCGGGCUUUCGGGACAGCAUAGAUGAGGACACAGCCCCAGAGGGACGGCCUCUAAGCACAUGUGAUAAUGAUGACAUCCCCAUAUCGCUAAUCGAUGCUGUUCCAACACACGGGGAGGAAGAAGGAAGCAGGGGAAGUGGGAGUAGGCUAGAGAAUGCAGUCAUGGAUUCUUUACAAGCACUGGAGGAUCUAUCAGUCUCUGAACAGAGACCUCCUCGUCCACCUCCCAGCAGUAACAGCACAGGUAUUUGCACAUCUCAAGGAUUUAGCCCAGAGUCAUCAUCAGAUUCUGGCAAUGAAACCAACUCUUCAGAGAUGACUGAAAUCUCUGAACUAGCUGCUACUCACAGACUCACCGAGAGCCACAUGCGUUUGCUUGUAGCCACGAGAGAAGGAUACCAACCUUUACUUGAGGAAAAAACUGAAUUUCCAGUCUCGCCCAAUUCAAGUGCAACACUAGAAAAGAAACCCAGUAGUCCAUCUCAACACCUUCAGCCUCCAGCAGUUCCUCCAAGACGCAGCCCUCAGCUAGACCUGACAGGGUCAUCGGGGUCUGACAGAUUGGAGGCGAAAUCCCAGACUACUCUCUCGGUUACUCUCCAGGGUCCCAGUUUGACAACACCAGGAGGUAAACACCAGAAAAAGUCUGCACACUCGAGUGGAAAGUACAACACCUUCAGCACAAGGGAAGGACUUCGAAGUGACAUCAAUAGCAGACGCAGCUAUCUUGAUUUGAACCAGCGCACUUUAUUCAGCGAGCAAGAAGAAGGUCAGAGAAGACAAAAUUAUUUUGCCGCUAUAACUGAGGGUACUGGACUGACAAGCCCAGCUCGAGACCAUCGAAAUAAUCUUCGCCCUUCUUCAGUUGUUUCUGACCGCUUCUUAGAUGUUGUCAACAUGGGCGGUUGUAAUGCAGGCAAUGGAGCUGCAGCCACUGAGCAGGAUGAACAUUUAGUUGUAGCAUCCUUACUGUCCCCAAGCAAACAAUCCAGAUCAGAAGGUUCUGAACAUGGAUCAGAUACACAGAGUGACCAUCAGCCAAUUUCAAGACAACAGAGUGUGGCACGGUUGUGUGAGUACCAUCUGGCAAAACGGAUUUCAAAUUUGCAAGGAGAAGCCCACAGUUCGCUGCAGGGCUCUCUGUGCUCAUCCCUUGAUGCAGGUGGCAGCACAAACAGCAGUGCCUGUGCCACACCGACUGACUCUCCUCUUGGCCCCAGUGCAGUUGAGUCCAAACACCACCACUUGCAAAAGCAGCCACUUUCAAGCUCUUCUUCCUCCCUACUUAGAGUGCUAAACUAUGAAGACAACAAACCUGGAGUCCCUCUUGGAUUGCAGAGCCAAAACAACCAAAGCAAAGAGCUUCAUCCUCAUGCAGACCCCGCCCUCCUUCGAAAAAUGCUGCCCAACAUUCACCCCCCUCUUGCUGGGGGGGAAACAAGCCGACCCUCCUCAGCAACUCCAUUCAAGCACAAGGAGAUAACUGGUGCUGGAAGCAAGAAACACCACAAUGACAUCCAUGCUAAACAACAAGCCUGUUUUAAGGGGGUUAACCCAAUGGAAGGCAGUGAGGCCUACAGGCAACUGUUAAACUAUCUUACAGUGAGUCAGAUGCAUCAAGGAGGGAAGUUACACAGUGCAGGUAUGGGAGGGGCAGUUAAAAAAGACACCAGACGCUUUAUCACAAGCAACCCUCAGCUGGUUGAAAUGGUUAAGAACAGAGGGAGUACCACUGCUCGCUGUCCUUGUAUGCCUUCAUCUCUGUCAUCCCCAUUUCUCAGUCCUAAUACAGUAGCUCCUCAUUCAGCCACAAUGCAGUUGGCAAAUAAAAAUUCAAGGUCCUACCUUUCAGCCACACUUCCUGCCAAACUAAAGAGAAGCCCUGAUGUGCAUGUCCCGAGACUGAAUGACAGUUCAGACUUUAGGAGAGCUACCAAUGAAAGAAGGAGCUCUUUUUCUGGUCUUGAAAGUGAGCUAGUCAGAGAUGGUAUUGAUCCAGAGAAAUUUCUCUCAUACUGUAAAACACAAGAUUGUAUGAACCGUGAUGGGGCUUUAAAUCUAAGUCGAAAUCGUGACUUUCUAGGUAACUGUAAUCGCCCUCUGCCUCGCUCAAGAAGUCAACUUGGUGGCAGCACAGAGGAAUGGUUCAAACCAGACUCAAGGUCAAAACAUGCAGCGUGUCAGUCUCCUUCUCGACCUAAUGAUUCAUUUUGUUUCUCAACUGUUCCCAGUUUGAGUGGUCAACGUACAGACCUCAACGCCCUCUCACUAGGACGGGGCGACCACCCCUCAGCGUUUAUCAGACAGACAACUAGUCGGACUAGAACUACCAUUUCAUCUCCAACACCUAAUCCCCAAUCUCCACCUCCCCCGCCACCACCUCUACCGCCACCCCCUCCUUUAUCCCUGCCAGUGCAAGCAAACCCAAGCAUUAGCAACUCAGGAAUCCCUCAAGAUUCCCUUCAUCCCAUUCAGGUGCGGCAGAACCAGAACCACAUUCAGACUGUUGCACCAAUGCUGUCACAGACAGACCCCUUCAACAGUAGCAUACAACGAGGGAGAGAGCUCAAGCGUAGCUCAAGCAACGUGACAGCAGGUUCUGGAAGUGUAGAGGCUUUAUUUGAUAAACCCAUUCGAAGCCGGAGCCAGCAGCCUUUAUCAGCACCCAUGUCUCAACAAAGUGACACCAAAGUCCGCAGACAAGCAAGAAAACGCCUUUCCAAGAGCUACUCCCAAGGAUCUGUGUCUUCACAUGCAACAUGUUGGUCUACAGGCAGCGGGGUAGAUAGUAGAAGGGCAUCUGUUGCAUUUCCAUUACAAAAAGACUCAAAACAUACGAAGGGCUCUCAAAAACUGGACACCAGUCCCUGGAGAUGCAAUGGCCCCUUCAGCUACUGUUUCUUUAAACGUAAGACUGAGGGAGAAGAUGAUGAAAUUGAGUGGGAGAGGCCUAGAGGAGGCCGUGUUGGGAGCCAUAUUGACAAAAAUGGUGCUGUUGCAUCAGCUAUAACCCCCUAUGGCUCAGCAAUGGAUGAGCAGCUAUAUGGAGAGGUCCUCGAUAACAUGAGCUUUAGUGACCGUCUGGCAAGAAUCAACGCUCUCAAGGACCACAUGUAUGGCUUCCCUUCUGGGUUUAACGAUGUCCGUCGAGAUGCCAGUGAGCUCAUUGCGCUGGUGAGGUCCAGCGUUGGUCGGUGUGACCGUGGUGUACAGAUGCCUAUCCAAGAUGUUUCCCAGUACAAGCAGCUCCUAUCUGUCGAGUCGAAAGAGUUAGGCCGGGCAUGCCGGAGAAUGGCACAAGCCCAUAGUAGUCCCGAAGAGAUGCUACUAGCUGUUACAUGUAGCUUUCAGGUGCUAUGUUGUCUGUGUGAAGCUUGUAUGUGUCUAGUUAGAGGACUCGGAGCCUCAGCAUCACAGCAACAAAGAGAAGUUGUAGCAAAAGUUGACGAGGUUGUAAUGAACUAUAUUUGUUUGCUCAAAGCAGCCGAAGCUGCCACUGUCGGCGCCCCAGGGGAGCACAGCGUGAAAGCCCUGGUCCGCCACUCCAGUACCAUGUCGGCUAUUGCUAACGCACUCACCCGCUCCCUUAAAACGCUGCUAAGCAAGUAGAGGCUAUUUCCAAUGCUUUAUAGUAUGGCCUAUGCAGUCAGUAGAAGUCUGUCUUUAGACAUCUUACUGUUUUUGAGUUCUCUGAAAGAGUCAGAUGUUUUCCUGUUGUGUCUAGGUGGUUUUUAUGUCUAAAGAUAUUUAUUGCAGUUAAACAUAACAUUAAAAUGACAUAUUAUUGAAAUGCUUAAUGAGAGUAAAUAGUUUCACUGACGACAUUAUUGUAAUGUAUAUUUACAAAGCCAUACUGUUACAAACCUUUGUAAUAAAUGUACCUAGUAGAUACUCUACCCUUUUACCUGUGCAUUAUGUCACUUAUAUAAAAAUGUAUAUAAUGUACAUUAAUACUAUAUAGUUGUAUAAUUGGAAGUAGCACUUUGGUGAAGCCAUGGAGAACUCGGCUUAAUUUACUUUAAUAUUUUGCAGGGAUGAAAGGAAGUCACUUUAUGUUUAGUUAUGUAAAGUUUUAAUACAAAUAUAAUUAUAAGAAAAACUAUUUUAGAGCUUUAGGUAAAAUUUGCCAGUGUCAGAUCUCUGAGUAAAUUGUUGCACUUUUGCUUGUUUGAAAAACAGAAAGAAUAUGCUUUAAAUAGCAAAAACCUAAAUAAAGUAUCAUAACAUUGCUUUACUUUGUCAUACUUUGUAUUAUUUCUGAGAAGAAGAAUAAAAAUUGUGAAACUUCCCACAAAAUGUUUAAAAUUAUACCAAUGUAACAUCAAACAUUUUGUAGCAAUAUUUCUGACUGAUCUGACUUUGAUCAAAUGUUAUUGAUUUUUAGUUUUUCAAAUGUAAUUUAUUUUUUUUUGUUUUAGACGACUUCUUUUUCUGCUCACAUGAUUUCUUAUUGCAUACAAUCAUUCUGAAUAUCUCUUUUGAGAAAGAGGAAAUUAAAUUUGCUUUUUGUUGUUCUUGCAAUAAUCCACCAAACUAUUAAAAGAUGUUUUACAGGUA